UUGUUUACGUCGCGUUGACCUGAGACCCGAGAACUCAUUCUGUUGCCUUCGCACCUGUCACUACCUGCAGCACCUGCUCCACCUGCUCCCACGUGGCCCCACCUCACCCACCUGUCCCGCCGGUCUGUCAAACAAUAUAUCAGUCCUCCACACUGCCCUAGUGAACAGAUGUGAAGGAAAGCAGCAACCAUGGUGACUCUGCUAGGAGACGCACACUUCUGGACACUGCGGGACGAUGUGGUUAUUAAGGAUGCUGAUAUGGGCGCCUUCAGGUACCAGGACAAGAACACGGUGAGUAAGGAGCGGGUGUACUAUGAGGACAAGAGGCAGUACCUGGAGGCUCGGGGUCUGAUGGUCACUCCCAAGAACAGCCGACCCAUCAAACUGAGGGACUCGUUGAGGGAGUUUGAGGAGUUACUGGCAAAGGAACGAGUAGUUUGGGAGGCAUGGAAGUCCCCCAACAUUUACCAGCUGAUCUUUGCCUCAGGGAUCAUCACAACCCUCACUGUUAAUGGACAGACGGGCGACUUGACAAGGGUGGCGUUUGACAAGUUCCUCGUUGGGAAACUUCUCUCAGAACACUUGGCUGAUGUUGUCAUCACCCGGAACCACAUGUUGUUCUCCUACAAUGAAUGUCGACUGAGUGUGGUGCACCUGACUCGCCCACCAUCCGAGGGCCAGGUCAUGGAGAGGCUGUCAGCUUUUGACCCCAAGCUGUACACGUGUGAGGUGGCAGGACCAUCAGGCCGCCGCUUUGAACGCCGGCUGUCUGCUAAUCUCUCAGGUGACAUGGUGGUGGUGUGGUGGCAGACGAGCGACGACGAGGUGUACCCAUGGAGUCCCCUCGCCAAGGACCGUGACCGUGCCAACAUUCUGGUGUACAGCCUGCGUGGUGCCUCGCUGGAUCUGGUGUGUUACUGCCGCACAGAGAUGGCACCUCUCAGUGUGUCCUUCAGCCGCCUGCAACCUAGUGUCCUGCUGACUGUGGAGCAAGGCUUUGGCCGGAAGGGUGGGGUCACUGUCCUCAGCUGUGUAUACGAGGUGGAGCGUGGCGCAUUGCACCGUGUGGGGGUGAGUAGUGUUCCCCUGGAGGCGCCCCUCACAGCCCAUGGCCACACCCCUGCUGAGGACCGACUGCUGCUGGCCUGUAACAAUGGAGUGCUGGCUUUGCAUGGAGAAACCCGUGGCACCACACACCUCACCAAGGCCGGCCUCAUCCCUGCGUCCCUGGCUUGGCUGGACACUGGCACACUGGUGGCAGCAGCCAAUGAAAGAGGUCAACUGCAGUGUUUUGAUCUGGCUCUCUCACUGGUGCGGCUGCAGCUAACGGCUGAAGAUCCUGCCCCCCAGCGUGUGCUGGACCUCUCGGAGCAUCUUAGGCACCGGCCUGGUCUGGCUCGACUUAGCUGGGCUCCUGGCAGACCUCCUGGCGACCCUGAGGCCGGCCCUUGCCUCCUGCUGCUUCACUAUGCCCGGGGGCCACUUGCCUGCAUCAGGGUGGACGGCGGUGCGGAUGGGUGGGGAAGCCUAUCCGCCCUGGCACUCACCAGCCAGUACGUGAAGCACCGGCAGCUGGAUGAGGCUGUCAACCUGCUGGUGUCCCUCAGCUGGGAGCAGGAGGGGCCAGCUGCCAUGAAGUGCCUGUCAACUGUGGCCAACCACCUGCUGCGCUGCCCUCUAACACCCUCCCGCCUCACCCAGAUGGAAGCUGCCCUUGCCACCUUCCACGUGCCGCUGCAGCCACUCAGCCCCGCUGUGGAGGAGGAGUUUGGUCCUGCUGUGCGUGCCCUCACUCGGAGGUUCUUCUUUAAAGUGUUGAGGUCUGGGCGGCUGGAGAAAGCAUAUCGUCUGUCUCUGGACCUCCGGGACUAUGACUGUUUCAUGGCAGUGCACUCAGUGGCUCAGCGGAGAGGGGAGGCACAACUUGCAGCAGCAGCACUUGAGAAUGCCAGGCACCUUGAGUCCUCCUGUGGGUCAAGUGCUUCCUGCAACUCCCUCCUGUAUGACAGGUCGGAAAGGAAUACUUCGGAGUCCUGCGGAGAAUCUUGCUCCACCUGCUUCUCUGGGAGUGCCUCUGAGGGGGAGGAAGAAAUUGGCGAGGAAAGUGGUCCUGUCCAAGCAGAGGUAACAGGAGACAGGGGCACUGUGCAGCCUUCUCUUCCCUCCCCUAACCUGACUGAAAGACUUGGACACAUAAGUGUUGGGAGUGGCUACACAUCUACAGCAACUCCCCAGAUACAACAAGCCCCUGUAGACUUUCCCUCCAGCAGCUCCAGCACCUCACACAGCUCUUCCCACAUGCCUCACGCUAUCACCUCCCAGGAUGGCACUAUCACCAUCAACAUACGCCAGCCAGAGACAAGCCCCAUUCGCCCUCCCACACAGCACGCUUCAGCCACAUCUUCCCGACCUCCUCCUCGCCCCACAUACACCUCCCGUACACCCCAAGUUAGGGAGGGGAGUGCUGCCAGGCAUUCCAGACCUGCAAGGGAAGUGUUCUACUCUUCUGAUCCCAAUGAGGAGUUUGUGGACUCGGAAAUGGUGUCUGUUUUCAUGGACAAGAAGGACUUAAGGAAAAGCUAUGAGAGGGCAGUGUACCAUGAAGUGUCCACCGAAGAAGAGGAUGGCGGGACAGUGAAGGUGGUGCACUUUGGCGUGGUGUGAGGCCCCUGCAGGGCAGCGGUGGCCAGGGUGCCACCACUCCCACCCAACACUUUGACACCUGGCAGCUCUUACAGUUCUAUGUGUGCUGCUCACAGAGGUACUGUAAAUGUCCUUGGGCCAGACAUAGUCAGGCUGGACUCUCCAAGUGUCAAAUGGUGCCAAAAGGAAGAUGUACAAAACGUGCUGUGGAAGUUCCUGUUACUUCUUGUUUAACCAUAGAUCUAAUCUUGGAAUUGAAGGAACCCCCAAGCACGCUUUACCACCACAUGCCUUCUGCUUAUUGUAGCUCAGCGACUCCUAGGAAGGAUUGCGUGUUAAUCCCAGAGGCGCCUUAUCUUUUGUUACAUAUUGUACUUUCCUCAGGUAAAAGCUGUGGGAGUCUCAUGUACCACAGCUGUCAUACUUCACAUCAGGGUCCUCAUAAUGAGUAGAUCUGACCAUUCACUUCACAUGUAGGGUAGUACAUGAGUGGAGCUGUUCUAUCAAUUAGGUAGUGAGUGGGAAUAUGAUUGAGAACAGUACUAAGAGAAGGUGAAUACACUUGUAAACAAAAUUAAAACAUACUAUGCUUGUAGAUAAAUAGAAGUUCACCUGUUUGCAGAUUCCUUAUGUUCCUAUGAAUUGUCUUAAAUAGUGAAAAAAUUGUGAAAGUCUUUCACAAACAAGUGCAAGAGAUUAGAUAAUCUAUCUUUAGUUUGUGUAGGAGUUUGUGUAACACAGUUUGUGUAGCACAGUUGGAGAGUUGAAAUUGAAAUUUGGCUAUGAGGAGAUUCCUUAGCAUAUGAAAGAAGCAAAGAUCUCUCUUCAGUCAAGCUGUACACAAACCAUUCACCUUCCUUUCUGGUGCGACACAAAUUAGUACAAUGUUUCCCUCACUUUAACUAUCACUUAAUGUAGAUAAUAGUACAGUACUUUUUUAGACUAACCAUAACAGGGUAUGUUUUUUGUUAUAAAUCCAUUGAAAUGAGUCAGUGGUAAUGUUUUCAUUUUGGUGAAAAUACUGGAAAAGAAAUAUUUGCUUUGCCUUUAGUAGAGUCAUUGUUACAAGUGUAGAAAUUGACUUGUUAACCUUCCCUACAUAGAUAUAUCCCCAUGUCUAGUAUGUAGUCUGUAGUCCAUUGUCUCUACAUCGAUUUGUGUUUUGUGUGACCUGUUCGUUCACUCGUGUGUAGCUUUGGAGGUGGUGAUGUCUGACUCUCUAGCAUUCCAUUCACCAGUAUGUAGUGUGUUGUCCUUCAUCUCUACACAGGUGUCUUGUUGGGAGAACUCUACUACUUGGUGUAGGCCUCAGUGGUGAUGAUGCUAAACUGUGUGUGUGUGUGUGUGUGUGUGUGUGUGUGUGUGUGUGUGUGUGUGUGUGUGUUUCACUGUUUGAUCUACUGCAGUCUCUGACGAGACAGCCAGAUGUUACCCUACGGAAUG